AUGUCGAGCAAAGCAUCUCCAAAGAGGAGUAAGAAACCACGCGUAGAAGAUAUCGAUCCAGAUUUGCUUCCACCAGAGAUGACACACGUUGGACCUCAUGAUCCUGUUACAAAUUACUUUACUGAUGAUGAUCCAAAGUCUGUUUUAGAAAAAUUCGCUGAUUUUUACGAAAAGAGACCAAAGAUUGCAGUUAGAGAGCUCGUAAACGCAAUUGUCUUUAUUGCCGGCUCUAAGUAUGAAAUAACUGAAACCCAAUUUCUCAAGUCUCAAUACGAAAUAGUUAUGGAUGAGAUCGAAAAGACACUCCAAGACAACAACGAAGAGAGUGAAGUCUCUAAAACCCUUACAAAUUCAUCCUCAAAAUCUCAUGAUUUUUGGAUUGACCUUGGUAAUGCUUUAAUUGUAUGCAAAGGUCUCUUUAAAGACGAAUUUGAUACAUUCAAAUCAUGGUGCUUUAACUUCUGUGACUCAAAAAUCAGAGUUCUUCGUCAAUCAGCUACAGUUGCUGUUUUAGCACUUACAGAGUUCCUUGCUGACAGCAUGAGGAAUGCAGAUAGCAGUAUAGAAAAGCUCGAAAAGGAAUCAAACAAGUCUGCAGUAAAGAAGAGACAAUUAAAAGAUUUCCAAGAUGAAAAGAGCUCUGCUAAAGCACUCAUCAUGGAAUUCUUUACAACAGUCAUCAAGACUCGUAUACGCGAUACUAACAAUGAGCUUAGAAUCCUUUGCACAAAAGUUAUUUACGAUUUAUCUUCAAUUGUUCCAGAAUUCAGAGAUGACAACUUCAUGAAAUACAUCGGCACAAGCUUGCAAGAUGAUAAUGCCCGUGUUAAGAAGGAAGGCCUUAAACUUGCUAAAAAUUUACUUGAAAAAUGUGAUGAUGAGGAUGAAAUAAAGAAGAUUACGCCAUUCUUCAAGAGAAACAUCGGCAGCAUCAUUAGCCUAUGCGAUGAUAACGAUAAUGGCUUAGUUAUUCCAGCAUUUGAAUUAUUAACUCAAUUAUCAAACAAGAAAAUGCUCAGAGAUGCUGAAAAGGCCGAUGUUGUCUUCAAGAUUACAGCAGAUGAUAGUGCAAACGUUAGAAAUGCUGCCGCAAAGUUCUUUUCUCAAAUUCACUUUGCAGUUCCAAAGAAGAAAGGAAGUGCAAACCAAGAACUCUUUGAAGGACACAUUCGUAAGUUUGCAGAGCUUUGCUCCGACUUUUCUGUUCAUGCAAUUCAAAAUUCUGUUGAAGCCUUCUUUAAGACGAUGAAAGCUCUUCAGGAGUUUGAGCUCAUGGCACAAAUCAUUCUUUCCGAGGAUGACGAAGAUGAAGUCCCUAUUUUUGGUCACAUUUUGGCAGCCGCUGCAAAAUCUGCUGGAGAAAAGGAUCAUAAGUCAGUUCCAGACAUGACUGCUGCUAUUAUUGGUCAUUUCACAAGCAUCAUUGAUAAAUAUAACAAGAAUGAAGAGUUAAUUUCUGAAUUAAUCGAAUGUUCACAGUAUUUCGACUUAGGAUCGAUCGAAAAGGCUGCAGGAUCAAAGGUAUUCAAAGACUUUAUGAAAGCAUUCCAUAAUCUCUUCAUUAAAUCCGAUUCAAAGGUUAUUUAUAAUAAUAUUAUCAAAUCUCUUGUUAGAUGGUCUCAAAACGAAGACAUUCCAUCAAAGCUGAAGAAGGAAGUCGAUAACGAGAUCAAUAAUCUCAAGAAGGAGUUCAAGAACCCCAAGAAAGAUGCAGAAAAGUUCGCAAAACUUUUAGCAAUUGUCACUUUUUACGAUUUAAGUGGAGAUGAAGAAUUACGAGACAUGCUUAAGGAGUCAAUUGAUGUCUGUGAUGAAGACGCAUCUGCACUUGCCUUAGAAUGUCUUGAAAACAUUUUCAAAUGGGAUGUUAUGAGAAUUAAGAACGAUGAAGACCAGAAGAUGGAUUAUACACGCGAAUUCAACAGUUUCUUAUCACUCUUCUCAUUAAAACUUCAUAAUGAUGAUAUUGACGUGAAGGAAGCUGCAUUCAAAUGCUUAUCUACUUUAAUCUCACUUGCAAGACUAGCAGGACAGAAGCCAGUUGAUGAUACAACAGUUUCUAUCUUCUUCAAAGCCUUCCACGAGCUCAAAAACAAAGAAAUUCUCUUCCAAUGGUUUACACGUCCAUUAACAUGCGGCGCUGUUGAUUCUAAGUACGCUGUUCAUGUUCUCUGGUACACACAGGAUAACGCAUUGAAGGGAGAAGUCAAGAAUUUCAUGACAAAUGUUUCAGAUAUUUUCCCAGUUGACGGAACAGAGCUCGGAAACUUAGUACGAACUCUUAAAUACAACGAAAAUAAACUCAAAGCAGCCAUGAAGGUCAUUGCAAGAAAGAUUACUCCAAGAGGUGCAAUUGACUCAUGGUUGGACGAACCAGAUGACUCUUUGCUUCCUAUUUACGCUCCUGUUCUAGAGAUAAUUGACAGGAAUGACGCAGAGCUCCUUGAAGAUAGAGAUGGAAUUACUCCGCAGACAAAGGAAGUUCUUUCGAAGAGAGCUCACGGAAAGAAAUUGUCUGCAGCCGAUUUCGUCGUUAAAAGCAAAUCUAAGAAGUCAAAGUCUUCUUCUGAAGCUUCAUCUUCGUCAUCAUCUUCAUCUGCUUCUGCAUCAUCAGAUUCUUCAAGUGAUAAUGAAGAUUCUGAUUCCGAUGACAAGACUUCAUCAACAUCGUCAGAGAAAUCAAACAGUAGUGAUUCGAACCAAACAAGUGAUUAA